AGAGUUUGAAAGGUGAAUUAAAUUUAAAAUAAAAUUAAUUUAUAUUUAUUUUAAUUUUUGCGGGGAUGGGGAUCCCCGCAGGGCCAGACGGGGCAGGGAAAAUUCCUCGCGAAAUUUUGCGGGGGGAAAAUGCUCCCCAUCCCCGCUUCACGGGGAGGAAUAUUCCUCCUUGCCCGGUCCCCAUGACGGGGAUCCUCGUGGGGCUCCGCGGGGAUCGAGGGAAAUUGCCAUCCCUACCUAUCACUAUUGAUGGGAGUCAUUGCAUGCAUAUCUAAAUUUGGCUUGUUAUUCAUGUCAAAUUUGAAUAUUAAGAUAUAAUUUUUUUUUAACAUUGGGGUGAAAGUUGAUCCUCAUACCUGUCAAACUAUACAUAUAAGUCCUUUACAAAAGAGAUGUGAUCUUUAAGUCACCAGAACAUUGUCGAUGUUUUUGUUUUGAUUCAGUUCUAAAUAAAUAUAAAAUUACAUGUUGGAAGAAAUUACUAGACUUUUGAAUUUCUCAAACUUUAUUUGUUUGCUUAGAAAAUCAAAGAGUUUGAAAAUUAGUAGAAAGCUUGUAUAACUUUCUUUUGUAAAUUUUGGUUGAUUCAUUUGCCAUCUAAACCCAAUUGAGGAGAAAACCUACAAUUUUGUUCAAUUAUUUCUACUUUUAGUUUCUUAGCAACCAACCAUUGCUUGAAGAUGGACAUGGGGCGAAGUUAGAGAAAGGAGAGAGAAACUAUUGUAGAAAUAAAAGGGGAAACUAGAA